CCUCUCCUCCUUCCCCGCCGCCGCCCGGCCUCCUCCUUCCACCCCUCCAGCCGGCUUCUCUCCCGCUCGCGCCGCCUCCUCCUCCCCACCAGUGCCUCCCUCUCCUCCUUCCCCGCCUUCGCCUGGCCUCCUCCUUCCGCCCCUCGAUCUGGCGCCGCCCAAACCCUAACGCCAUGCCCCGGCCCUGGGUCGUGCACCGCCUCCAUCGCCGGCAGGAGGGGGCCGCGGCGGCCGUCGCGCAGCCCGACGAGCAGGAGCUCCCCGGCGAGCAGCCGUUCCCCGUACUAGAAGAAGGUGAGGAAUCCGCAUCUGCUCCUGCUCGACCACGUCCAGAUCGAGGGACACUUGCUUCUGCUCGCUACGGACGCUGCUGCUCUGAUCUGACCAUAGUGCCGGCGCUCCUCCUCCUCAAGGUCAAGGCAGUCUGGGUAGGCUCCCCGUCGGUGUCGGCUUCCCCUGCCUGCCACUCCUCUCCUCUGAUGGAGUUGACCUUUGCUGGAGCGGACAAGUUUGGAUGCCCGUGCGCCUUUGGUGGUGGGAUAGGGGGCAAGCAGCUAGCAAAAUACUGAAUACAAAGCUCCUUGUUGUGUUUUACGAAAGGAAUUGGGUGUACUUGAAUUGUGAAGGAAGAAAGGGCCAUUGGACUGUAUGGGAAGAAUGGGAUGAUG